CCGCGCCGCGCACCCAUGGACGGCCCGGCCAUCAUCACCCAGGUGACCAACCCCAAGGAGGACGAGGGCCGCGCGCGGGGCGCCGGCGAGAAAGCAUCCCAGUGCAACAUCAGCUUAAAGAAGCCGAGGAGCCGAGGCAUCCUUAGCUCCUUCUUCUGCUGCUUCCGGGACUACAAUGUGGAGGCCCCGCCCACCAGCAGCCCCAGUGUGCUUCCGCCCCUGGUGGAGGAGAACGGUGGGCUUCAGAAGGGUGACCAGAGGCAGGUCAUUCCCAUACCAAGUCCACCAGCUAAAUACCUCCUUCCAGAGGUGACGGUGCUUGACUAUGGAAAGAAAUGUGUGGUCAUUGAUUUAGAUGAAACAUUGGUGCACAGUUCAUUUAAGCCUAUUAGUAAUGCUGAUUUUAUUGUUCCGGUUGAAAUCGAUGGAACUAUACAUCAGGUGUACGUGCUGAAGCGGCCCCAUGUGGAUGAGUUCCUCCAGAGGAUGGGGCAGCUCUUUGAGUGUGUGCUCUUUACUGCCAGCCUAGCCAAGUAUGCAGACCCCGUGGCCGACCUGCUGGACCGCUGGGGCGUGUUCCGGGCCCGGCUCUUCAGAGAAUCCUGCGUCUUCCAUCGUGGGAACUACGUGAAAGACCUGAGUCGCCUGGGCCGGGAGCUGAGCAAAGUGAUCAUUGUGGACAAUUCUCCCGCCUCGUACAUCUUCCAUCCCGAGAAUGCAGUGCCCGUGCAGUCCUGGUUCGAUGACAUGACGGACACAGAGCUGCUGGACCUCAUCCCCUUCUUUGAGGGCUUGAGCCGGGAGGACGACGUGUACGGCGUGCUGCACAGACUCUGCAGUAGGUAGCGCCGGCCUCUGUCUGCCUCCCGCCCGUGCGCCCUGGAGCCUCCGGCCUCGGGGACCCACCUGGCCUCCGCUCCCUGGGAGCAGGAAGUGAGGACACUCCACGCUCCAGGCCAUGAGGUCCACGUGGCCAUACCUACCUGUUUUCUUUUUUAAGAACAGAAACAACUAUUUUAAAAUGAACUCUUUUAACAAAUUUCCUAAAGGGACAUGCAUUUUACUGGAUUUGCUUUUCUUAAAACAUACCAAAAAGGAAAAAAAAAAAAAGCUUGAAAUCUAUCAGACUUCCUUUCAACUGUCCCCCUGGCCCUCUCCUCCAAGCAGACAACCUGUCCCUUUCUACCCCAGCUUGGAGCAGCUGACCCAACUCAGAAUCUCUUUCCUACAGGAUGAAGUGCCUUUUUGAAUGUUAUUUUAAGCCAAGAGUUAAUUUUUCUACACAACAUAUUUCCAGACAUCUUUUAGUCUUUUAUUGUCUUAGAUUCUCUAAAAAGACGAAUAUGACAAUUUUCUAGAACCCGGGGGGGGGGGGGGGGGGGGUGGGGGGGAGUCCUACAAGCCUGUCCCCCAGCAGGUGUGAGUGCUCUGACACCCGGUGACACGCCCCAGGGCUGGACUCCCGGCAGGAGCCUCAGCAACCGUGGCAGCGUCUCCGCUCAGUACGGACCCAGUUUGGAAUGUAUCUGCAGUUGUGCGGCUCAACACUUUAGGAGACAGUAGAUACCUUUAUAGUAUCACUGUUACUUCAGGUGGUGACAGUCAUGUCCUGUGGUCACACUUUCCCCUGGAAAAGUGGCACCAUCACCUCUGCUUUCACACCACUACCAUACUUCUGUACGUUUUUCAUUCCGUGGCUGUCGUUCUGGGUAGAGCAGUUCCAGGAAACUCCAUAACCCCCGGAUAUUUAAAAAAAAAAAAA